AUGUCUGCCGACGAAUCGCAGCUCUUAGUACGAUCAGAGGCAAUGAUGGGCCAUUCUUGUAAUGCAUCUCACUUAGGUAAUGCAAGUUGUACUGGUAGUAUUCGGCUACAUAACUUUAACGAUAUUCACGGAGCUUCUGGAGAGGCUAUGAUGUUAAAUAUUGAAAGUAAUAAAAAAAUUUCCAUUCCGAUAUUUAACGAAAGUGAUGUAUUUUCACAAGCACUUUCAAUGCAGGAUCCCAUAAUUUACAACGGUACCCGCGGUGGCGUCGUACAAAUUUCAGACCUUCGGCAAGCAAACGUUGUUGUGUCACACGUUAAACAUGAAUCAUCUGUAUCUAAAAUUAAACUUCUGAAUGAUAACAAUUAUGUAUUAUCAUCGUCCGUCGAUGGGCAAAUCAAGUUAUGGGAUAUGAGAACACGUAGUUGCGUAAUAGCAAUGUCACAUGGGUGUGAUACGUAUUUCAUGAAUCAAACGUUUGAUUUAGAUAACACUGAAAGUGUGGUCUCUUCAGAUGUAGGAAAGAAAAAGUAUUUAUUAUUCUUGUAA